AUGCGCGCAGCAUCACUGUACAGCCUGCCAUCAAUUUCCCGACCCAACCGCUCCGCCGCAACAUCAGCUCGCCUCUUCUCAUGCACAUCCCUCCGCUCCAACCGCUCGCGCAUACCCCUGGACAUCCCUCCUCCAUUCCCCAUUACCAAGACAUGUCCCGAACCGAGCUGCUCAUGUCCCUCGACACCGUCCAUGCCCGCCCCGAUCGACUAUGACCAGCCGCUAAACGGAACAAUGGCGGCCUACGCGCAGCAGCUUCUCAUCUGCACCGGACAACGAGACUGGACAAGUCGCAUAGAAGAGGACGGUCAGGGCCAGAACUGGGGUGAGCUGGUUCGAGGAUUGAAAAGCCUUCUCGGGCGUGGGGGGAAAUAUGCCGACCCCUUCAACAAUAUCCUAGUCACCAACGCCUCCUUCCUCCCCUCCUCCUCCUCCUCCUCAUCAUCAACCAGCACAUCUACCUCGCAGACCGCAUCCGCCUUUCUCUUCCCCAGCUUCAAAUACUUCCCCUCCGUCCCCGUUAAUCUCCCCGAUUCCGCCCCCGCAACAACCGAUCUCUCGACCUUCGUCCGCGCGUUCCUCCUCCCUAUCGAAUCGAGACAUGGCGGGCAGAUCCGCGACCAGGCUCUGGCGGCUGAAUUCCCAGAUGCUGUUGAUCUGCAACACUCCCCCGUUGUGUUGAUCUGCGGCCACGGUGGUCGCGACAUGCGAUGUGGUGUAAUGGCGCCGGUUCUGGAGACCGAGUUUCAACGGGUGUUGCAGUCUAAGGGGUACACGUCCGCGGGAAGUGACAAUAGUGUCGUUGACAGCCCCGAGCAUGCUCACAUCGGGUUAAUCAGCCAUGUUGGCGGACACAAGUACGCUGGAAACGUCAUCGUUUACAUCCCUCCCGGAAUGAAGGAAGCUGGCUCUUCCUCGCCGCAUCCAUUGGCGGGCAAGGGUAUCUGGUAUGGGCGUAUUGAGCCCAAGCAUGUGCAGGGUGUGGUGGAGGAGACGAUUCUGGGUGGAAAGGUCAUUACGGACCAUUUCCGUGGGGCAGUUGAUCGGGAGAGUGGGGUGUUAAGGUUGUAG